UGGACAAAAGAUUGUAAAAUCUGUGUGUUGUUUUGGAGACCGUCAAUGGACGGGAACAACUGGGAAAAUCUACCUGAGCACAUUUUGGUGAGGAUAUAUUCAUUUCUUAGUCUAUCCGAGAGAUUAACGGCUUCUAUAACCUGUAAACAGUGGAAUGAAAUAUGUUUCAGUUCCCCACUACUGUGGCAGACAUUCCAAUUCAAAUUCUUUGAUUCAAAGGAGUUCAAAUACAGCAAAUUCUUGGAGAACCAUGGACGACACUUAAGAAACGUGGAAAUUCAGUGCCAUCAAGAGGAUAAAAUCAACAGGGAAAGCGCAUGCACACUUAUUCGUGAGUUAAGCACCUUGAAAGUGCGACGACUCGAGAAGUUUACUAUCAAGUUUCUCGGAGAGAACCCUUUGUUCUACGCUGGUCAUGAAUUCGUCGACUGUUUGCGAGAUCUGUUCGACAAACCCAAUAGCGAUUGCGAAAUUCAAUUACCUUUGAAAUAUGUGGAUCUAAGUAAACUACCGGUCGCCUACAGUGAUGAUUUAAUUAACCUUCUGGCAGAAAACAGUCCUGAUUUACAAUCGCUGAAUAUUCAGAACGCUGCGCUUGUUUGCAAAGUGUCUUCCGGUUGCAUAGAAAAUGUCGUUAACAAGUGCCGGAAGUUGAGGUAUCUUGCUCUUCAUCACACAAGUGUGAACGAGGACAUCAUGAUGUCGUUAACUGAAGAUGGCAGAGCUCACCUUGAACACCUUUCUAUUGACUGCCGACGAGAAGAAAAAUUUGGAAAGGACAUAACAUCUGAAAUAUGGGAAAACGUUCGGCGGAAAAUUCCAAGCCUUCGUGUCACGCUAGCUUUCGACACCUCUUGUCCAAUGUUUAAAGUGGACGCAAUUCUGAAACCAGAAAUACCAGUGCAGAACCUGAGGCUAGAGGUGAUGUCGAGAGUUGUUGCUCAAAUUUAUUUUGCAGCUGAGAACUACAGUCAAACAUUGGAAAAACUGUCGAUAAGUACCACAGGCAGUAAGGAAUUGGAAAAUGCCCUGAUAUAUCUUGUCUCAAAAUGUCGCAAACUAAGUGAACUUCAUGUCUUCCAGUGUUAUAUUUCUCAAGAGACAAAACAAAAGAUAUUUCAGCUAUGCCCACAGAUGAAAAAAUGUUUUAUGAGAGUACUGUAAAAAAGAUAAUAAGAACACUUUCAGUCUGACCCUGGACACAGAUAUUCCUAGAGUUUCUGAUCUGAAAGUACCCCGGACAUUAGGUAUGUUAAAGUCCAACAUUUUGGUGAUAAACUUUGUAAAAGCUUAUUAAACGAAGCUAGUGCUGAUGAGCACCAUCAAAGUCAAAUAUAAAAUACAUUAUGAAAAAUCUUUAGGAAUAUAUUCUGGAGGCAUCCCUUCACUCAAACUAUAACAAUUGACCGGCUUUAUUACCAUACACUCUUUUUCAUAUGGCUAGUUUACAGGGGGUCUCGACGAAACACUGGCCCUCUAUUGACCCCCUCUACUGAUCGCCCUUACUGAACUCCUGUAUGAAAAUCACAGGAAAUUAGCUAAUGAUUUGAACUAACAAAGAAUGGUUCACCUUAAAGCUUACAGGAUGCCCAUGCAAGAUUGCAUCAGGCGUGAGAUGGUUGAUCUGCCACUUCAACUCCUUUAACCCUUUAAGUCCCUAUAGCGACCUGCAUCAAUUUUCUCCUAACAUUUUCCAUACACCGUAGUAUGAAAUG